AGCCUCUGUUUGUCUUCUCUGAUCGAUUGCUGCAACCUUUCCUGCUUGAGCAAGAAAUAAAACUGCCUUUAGCGGAGAAUUCUUGGGUGACACUUGUCAUUGCUGAUCAUCAUGUCUUCUAUUAAAAUCGAGACUGUUGUGAAGCAGAAGAACAGGAUGGGGGAGUGCCCCACGUGGGAAGAAAGGGAGAAUUCCCUUGUAUAUGUAGACAUCAAUUCGCAGAAAGUUUGCCGCUGGAACUCAAUCACCAACGAAGUUCAGUGUGUGUCUGUGGAUGCUCGUGUUGGCUCAGUAGCCCUUCGCAAGAGUGGUGGCUAUGUGAUUGCUUUAGGAAGAAAGUUUGCUUUCUUGAACUGGGAAGAUCAAGUUGUCACUGAUAUUACUGAAGUGGAACAGGAUAAACCAAACAACCGAUUCAAUGAUGGAAAAGUAGACCCAAGGGGUUCUUUUUUUGCAGGUACCAUGGCCGAAGAGACAGCACCUGGAGUGAGAGCAAGGCACCAGGGAGCUCUUUAUACUCUCUUCCCUGAUUGUGGUGUCGUGAAGCAGUUAGAGAAGGUGGACAUCUCCAAUGGGCUGGAUUGGUCGCUCGAUCACAGGACCUUCUUUUACAUCGAUAGCCUGGCCUAUGCCGUGCAUGCCUUCGACUAUGAUGUGCAAACAGGAAUGAUUGAUCGUAGCAGUUGCAGGCCUGUGUACAAGUUGGAGAAAGAGGAGGCAAUGCCUGAUGGGAUGUGCAUCGAUAGAGAAGGGAAGCUCUGGGUGGCCUGCAUUGAUGGUGGACGAGUGAUCCGCAUCGACCCUGAAGCAGGAAAAAGAAUUCAGACUGUCAAGAUGCCUGCUUCCAGGAUCACAUCUUGUUGCUUUGGAGGGAAAGACUAUUCAGAAAUGUAUGUCACUUCGGCCUACGAUGAACUGGAUAGCAAUGCGUUAGCCAAGGAACCCCAGGCUGGGGAAAUUUUCAAGAUAACAGGACUGGGUGUGAAAGGCAUCCCACAGAACUACUUCACUGGUUAAAUAUUCAUAUGUGCUCGAUAUUCAACCCAUGGUGGACAACAAGAGAAGCAUGAAUUUCAAACCUGUAUGCUUAUCUGAAGGCUACCUAUAUAUCCUUUAUGUACUGUAAUGUUCCAUAACUGGUUCCCCCCCUUCUCCAUAUGUUUAUUUUUUUAUGCUUUCCCCCCAAAUAGGAGAAAUGGCAGCUUAGGACUGUAUGUGAACGUUAGGAUUUUCAGUGGUUCCCCAUCAAGCAAGGAUCAACUUCCUCUAUUAAUUCUUUGUACAAGCAGAGAGCAAUUUGUAGCGUCUGCUUGCUGAAAGGUCACAUUCGCUUCCCAGUAGCAAUUUCCAUUUUAAUUCCCUUGAUUGAUUUCAUUAGAAUUCUUAAGAGUAAAAUUGGCCUCUGAGGAGAGGACAGACCUAUGUUAAUACGAAAUAAAAUUACGUUGAAAACUGUACAAGUCGAUCCUGUUUACCUGCUCUGGGAAGGAGGGAGGUGUUUCUGUUUCCCUACAACCGACGUUUUGAUUAAAAGAAAGUUAUUGAGUGAAUUAAAUUACAGUGCAUGGAAAUGAAUAGCUAUAGAAAUGAACAAGGGUUUUGUCAGAAAGAGCAAGGGCUGUAAUUCAGCUUGUAAUUAAAAGGAUUUGCAUUUUAAACAUGAUUUGACAGUUCAGCUGUUAUUCCAAUAAACUCAUGUAAAUGUCAAGAAUAAACUAAUAUUAAUUGGCUAGUAAAUGGGCAGGCCUGUGAAAAGUGGGUGGUGGCAGAUAUAGGAGACAGUCUCAUCACAGGUGAAAGGCAAACAGGCAUGAUACAUCAUGAGACAUGGAGUGUUUAGUUAUAAUUUCAUUUAAAAUUAAAAAGCAGCUGGUGUUUCCUGCUUCUCAUCUGAGAGAAUUUUCAACUGUACGUUCUUUGCCCUCAGUUAGAUUUAGGGACAGCACCUGUCUGCACAUAGCAGCAGAGCCCUGGAGAAAACAUCACAAGGAUGCAAAAUUUGAUUCUGCUACGUUUGCCUUACUUACAAGUAAUGUAAAGAACUCUGUCACAUUUUCUUUCCGGUGGAUUUUUCUCCCUCCUGCAACUUGAAUGUGUGGUUUUCAUUUAAGCUGUUAUGAAGUUAUUAUGAAGAACAUUUUGGAAUAUUGGGGUGGGGUGAAUAUCUUCCAACUUUGGUAAAAUUAUUUUAAUUGGUGUAAUGCAAUUAUUAUCCAAUUAUAUUUUACAUAAUGAAUUAAUGAUGAUAAAUCUUGUCAGACUAAAAUUUUAGAAUAUAUUUUAGAUUGUAUUUCUGAUCGAUUCU